AUGACUUCGACGACCUCAAAUUCGAAGACCUCAAAUUCGACGACUUCUAAUUCGACGACCCUUGAAUUCGACGACCUUAAUUCAUUCGAUGUCCUCGGGUUCGACGACUUUCAAAUCGACGACCUCGACUUUGACGACCUCCAAGUCGAAGAGCUUGACUUUGACGACCUUUAUUUCAAAGACCUUCAUUCUGACGACCUCGGCUUGAUUUACCUUGCCUUCAACGACCUUGACUUUGCCAAACUUCAGCUCGACGACCUCGACUUUGGUGACCAUGACUUCGACGACCUCAAAUUCGACAACCUCUUAUUCGACGACCUCGACUUCGGUUACCUUGACUUCGACGACCUUGACUUUGCCAAACUUCAUUCGACGACCUUGACUUCACGACCUCUAAUCGACGACCUCGACUUCGGUUACCUUGACUUCGACGACCUUGACUUUGGCAAACUUCAGCUCGACGACCUCGACUUUGGUGACCAUGACUUCGAAGAUCUUGACUUUGUCAAUCUUCAGUUCGACGACGUGGACUUCGACGACCUUGACUUCAAAGACCUCGAGUUGGACGACCUUGACUUCGAUGACCUCGAGUUUAAAGAUAUUUCAACCGACGACCUUGUGUUCGACGACCUACAAUUCGACGACCUUGACUUCGACGACCUUCAAGUCGAAGAGCUUGACUUCGACGAACUCCAAUUUGACAACCUUCAAUUUGACGACCUCUGA